AUGGCGCCAAGAAGAAGAUCAACUAGCCGUAAGACCACGCCCAAAGUAUUUCGGUGCACUGGAUUCGGCAAUUGUAAUAUGACGUUCACCAGAAGCGAGCAUUUAGCUCGCCACGUACGUAAGCAUACAGGAGAGAAACCCUUCAAAUGUGUGGUGCCCGGUUGUGGACGUAUGUUUAGCCGUUUUGACAAUAUGAUGCAACAUACGCAAACUCAUGAUCGAGAGGGUAAAAAGCCCGCCUCCACCAUUGCCAACGACGACGACACUACCACCCACAGCAGUCAACGUCGUCACAGUUACCCCUCCGUACCGCAUCCAUCCCAACCAACGCCUCCCGAAACCUCACCAUAUCACCCUAUCCCAAGCCCUUCCUCUAUUAUGCAAAAUCGCACCUUGCCACCGCCUCCUGUUUCUCAAAGACGGGCAUCGAUCGCUUUUCCCGCUCACCCACCUAGUUAUCCACACAGGCCGCCCUAUGACUACUCUUUUCCUCCACACACCAUAAAUGAUCCCUCGCACCGUUCAUCCAUGUAUCCGCCUACUUCGCGGCACCCAGCGCCGUAUCCUCCCUAUCAGCAGUACGGUUCUUAUCGACGUUCAUGGCCUACGGCUGCUGCAGGGCCGAUUCAUGCUGGAUAUCCUCUACCAUCCAGCGCUGUCAAUGGGGAUCCGCGUCGCUAUUCAACCUCUACAGAAUCCUCGUCUGCAUCAUCACCACACUCUCCGCAACAGGAUAAAAUGGACGUCGAACCGACCAGACGACGUUUAUCGCUGACCGAUUUGCAAACCCCGAUCCACAUCCUGCAGAAUAUGAAGCUAGGCGAUGAAUUUCGUCGGGGGGACUUUUACGAGGGCAAGGGAGAAUCGAACGACGUGGAAUCGGCCAAGGAGAGAAUUAGCGUCUACAAGCGUCGAAAAAGCUCGGUCGAUAUCACCUCGGACGAAUAUGAGGCAUUGCAAGGUUUUGGUAUUUUUCACCUUCGCUCCAUAGUGAAAGCUCAUGGAGCCCCGCCACCAGGAAGCCCUCAUCUUUCUUCCCAAGUCGAAGCUUUUCGACAACGUAAACUCCCUGUGCCAGAAUCUUCUCUGAGACCGUUGCGACGAGGCACCGCUAUUUAA